AUGCCUCAGCUCCUGGCUAAUAGCAGUUCACAUGAACAGGCUGCUGUAUAUUAUGCAUCUGAAUCCAUUUUCUCCAUUGCCAUCUUCAUCAUCGUUUUCAUCAUAGGUAUCCCAGGCAAUGGAUUGGUGAUCUGGGUAGCUGGUCUGAAAAUGAAAAGGUCUGUGAAUAUUGUCUGGUUCCUAAACCUUGCUACAGCUGACUUUGUGUGCUGUUUGUCAUUGCCAUUUUCCAUUGUUCACCUGGCCCUCCAUGAACACUGGCCGUAUGGUUUGUUCCUCUGCAAAAUCAUUCCAUCAAUCAUAAUCUUCACCAUGUUUGCUAGCAUCUUUUUCCUCGUGGCCAUCAGCAUUGACCGGUGCCUCCUUGUGAUGAAACCUGUCUGGUGUCAAAAUCAUCGAACAGUGAGAUUUAUAUCACUAAUAUGCAGUGGCAUUUGGAUCUUGGCCUUCAUUUUCUGCUGUCCUGUCUUCUACUACCGUGAGACUAGCACUCAUGAUGGCAAAACUGAGUGUGGGUACAAUUUUGGAGAUGACGAGGUGCUAAAUUAUAUGGAUGAUUCUAUAAAUGAGUUGUUGGAAGAAUACUCACCUUUAGCCUACAAUGGUAAUGACUCAUGGGGAAAUUUCUAUGAAGAUGAUUAUUCUGCAUCCCUUGCCUUAGUGGUAGUAAACAUCACUAAGGCUGUCUUUGGCUUUGUACUCCCCUUUGGCAUAAUGGGAGUUUGCUACGCCCUUAUUGCUUUUAGAACACGUGCAAAUCACUUUCACAAGGCACGCAUCAGGAUGCUGCGAACAAUUGUGCUCGUGGUAGCUGCAUUCUUCAUCUGCUGGGCUCCAUACCAUGUAGUUGGCAUUCUGUCCCUUGUACCUACUCUUAGAACAGGACUGAAGGAGUCAUUGAUCUUCUGGGACCAUCUCUCUAUCGCAUUUGCAUAUGCCAACAGCUGCAUCAACCCUCUGCUCUAUGUUUUUGUGGGACGGGACUUCAGGGCAAAGGCACAGCAAUCAAUGCAAGGAAUCUUGGAAGGUGCCUUUACUGAGGAACCAAUACAUUUGAUCCUUUCCUCCCUUGACAGAAGCAAGACUUCAACAGAGAAGAACGUUAGCAGCACAGUGUAA